AGAGCUCAAUCUGCAGCUGGCACUGCAGCUGAAAACCAGCUCUCUAUCCCAAACGAUUCCACAGCAGCUGCCUGCCCCAGGGACUGCACAGCCUCAUCCUGCAAGAAGAGGGGACUAAGGAAAGCAGCAGAGAGCCUUCUUAAAAGGCAAAGUCCUAAAAGGACCUGGGGCAAUGGCAUUACAGUGCCACAGAGUAGCUUCAGAUGAGGUAAAGGGAAGGAAUUCUUGGCUGUGAGGCUGCUGAGAUAAUGGCAGGGGUUACCCAGGGCAGCUGUGGAUGCCUGUUUUUCAUAUAGGCAGGGUCAGCAUAGAAGACACACACCAUCAGAAAUAAAUGAAAUUUACUAUAAUUUCAAACGGCAAAGGAUUGCACAUGGAUAAGUAAGCAGGACGUCAUCAGCAAAUAUUCACAAAAAGAUAAGAUGGCAAUGCAUAUAAUCCUUAUUAUAGAAUACUGCCUACACUGAUGAAGAAGGACAAGUCACAAGUACCCUAAUCCACUACCAUCAUCCAGGUCCACCCAUCAGCUGGGGGAAGCCACUGUCACUGUGUUCCAGGACAGCUUCUGAGCCAGGCUCUGAGCAGCCUUCUCCAGUGCAAGCUAUCCCUCUGUGCCCAAGGCAAGGGGGUCAGAGCUACAUGAUCUCCAAGGUCCCUUCCACCCCAAACCACUCCAUGGCUCACUGAUUCCAUGUUACCCCUCCCCCAGUGGGCCCCGUUCCACAGCCCCCACGGUGCCCAGAACAUGGAACCCAGCCCUCUGUGACAUCAGCCCCGGGGCCGAGGGCACCACGGGCAGCGCAGCUGCUGCGGGCAUUGCGGCUGUGGCUGUGCUGCUGCACGGAGCCCUCAGUGCUUGCAGCUGACACGCGCCUCUGGCAGCCAUGAAUGGGCUCGGCCUCCUCGUCCUGCUCACUGUGCCUGGGCUGGCACACGGCUUAUGGGACAACUGUGGAGGGAGCUGCGGGCUCCGAGCUGUGUCUGACUACGGCCUCAGGAAUUACUUCUACAGCACUAUGGCUUAUGACUACGGCUUGACACGCAUUGUGGGUGGCACAGGUGCCAAGCCAGGGUCCUGGCCAUGGAUCGUCAGCCUGCAGCACCCCUGGGCACCAGACCUGGGGCAUUUCUGUGGAGGGUCCCUCAUCAGCACACAGUGGGUCCUCACAGCAGCUCACUGCUUCGACGACUAUAAUAACAUCACCAGGAUGUAUGUGGUGAUUGGAGCCACUCAGUUGACUCAGCCAGGCCGUGAUGCACGAAUGCGCAGUGUCAGGCAGGUGCUGAUACAUCCAUACUACAAUCCUGCCGACAUGAGCUAUGAUAUUGCCUUGAUGGAAUUGGACCGUCCUGUCCAGUGCAGCCCCUACAUCCAGCUGGCCUGUGUGCCCGAUAUCACACUGAAAGUGUCAGAACUGCGAAACUGCUGGAUUGCCGGAUGGGGUGCAACUACUGCAAGAGCUCAAGAUUCAAGUGAUCUCCUCCAGGAAGCCAAGGUCCAGCUAAUCGAUGUCCAGCUCUGCAACAGUAGCCGCUGGUACUCAGGGGAAAUCCACACCCACAACUUGUGUGCUGGUUACCCACAGGGCAAAAUCGACACCUGCCAGGGUGACAGUGGUGGUCCUCUCAUGUGCCAGGACAAUAAUGCUGACUACUGGUGGGUUGUUGGAGUGACCAGCUGGGGAAAAGGCUGUGCCAGGGCAAAGAAGCCUGGCGUCUACACCUCCACUCAGCACUUCUAUGAAUGGAUCCUUGCCCGCACAAACACGGUUGGAAGGAGUUCUUCAGCAUUACAGGGCUGGCGUCAGACUGUAUACCCAACGUUUCAGAAUCCAUGGCCAACACAACCCGCUGCUUAUAACCCAUGGACAACACAGGCCCCCACUUAUAACCCAUGGGCAACACGACCUCCCACUCAUACGCCGUGGACAGCACGACCUCCCACUUAUCAACCAUUGCCUACGUCAGUCCCCACUUAUAAACCAUUGCCUACAUCAGUCCCCACUUAUAAACCAUUGCCUACAUCAUUCCCCACUCAGAAUCCAUGGACGACAGCACCCCCCAUUCAAAGGCCAACACCAUCGGUCGAGGUUAGCUCUUGCCCAUUUCCACUCGACAGACUGGUAGGCUUCUUUCAGAUGAUGAAGAAGCUCCUUAAUGAGGUCCUUGGACUGAACACAGCUUGAGCAGCAGGACCAAAAGGAUCCAGGGCAGGCUGCAGUGCACAGCAACCAUUUCCUGCUGGGGCAAUGCCUGUUGAUCCAAAAGCAGCCCCGCUGUCAAAAGCCUGCUCUGUCCUGCCCACACUCCUCUCCAGUGUGCAGUCAAACACUGGAGUUGACUAAGCUGUUGAAAUAAAAUUACCUGUGCUCAAAGUGAAUCAGCUUUUCAGUGCAAUUCCAGCUCCCGGGCAAGACCCAUGGGGCACAAAGGGACAAAGUGGAUCCAAAGCCUGGUCAGAGAGGAGAGUGCUCUGAGCCACUAUGGGCUGGAAGAACUUGGUACAUUCAAGCCUAGGAAGGGGAUAGGAAAAUAUUUUUGUUAAGGCUCGGUAUUUAUUGAAAACUCCUAGGAGUUUUCUUCCCCACUGUACUCAAGAUAAAUUCCUCCCAUAGU